AUGACCACAUCUUUUAAUGUUCCUGUGUUUAGGGAUUCAGAGAGUACACCGCAUUACACUGAUGCUACUACUGAAUUAAAACUCGACUUGCAUCAUGCCAACUCUGAUUUGGGUAUUCCAACCUGUCGUCCAUCUACUACAUCUUUGUUGGAAUUGUCUAAACAAGCUAUAUCUCGUUUAAACCAUUUGGAUAGUCAGGCUUCAAAGUAUGGUAUAUUGCCCAAACACGUAGCUGACCAUCAUCACACUAGAUUUCAGACCCAUGAACAUACUAUCAAAACUCCGAAUGUAGAAGCAAAUACUCAAGAAACUGCCCAUCAUCGUGUUUGCACAUCUACUCAACCACAUAAGAUGGAAACGCUAAAUCAAGGCAGCUUGGUGAAUUACGAAGACUUGAAUCUACCACCAGCUAUUCUUAAGGCAGCUUUGAGUGGACCGAGACGGCCCAAAACUCCACCUCCUGUCAAGAUUGCAUCUCCACCACAACCGCCUUCUCUUCCACCCGCACCGUCUGCUUCUUUGGAAUUGGCUCAACUCGAUGCAGCACACACUGAAAUUCAAGAAUUAAAACAUAUGAUUAAAAGACAAGAUGUAUUGCUAUUGUGGUAUACAUCACACAGAUCGCCUCCUCCUCCCAGUACGCUCUCAACCCUCCACAAGCUGACCAGAAAUGAAUAUCUAGCCGAGGAAAGUAAAAAAGAAUCCGAUGUAUUGCAUUCUCAUAUUUUGGCGCUGAAACAAACAACCCAACACCAAAAGAACACCAUCGACACGCUUGUCGACGAAACCAAAGCAUUGGAAACAAGAGUGACGAGUACUAUGGAAAAACUUGAAAAAAGUGUCAAAUCCAAUAAGCAACUUUUAUCCAAAGUGGACGAGCUUGACACCAUGUGUGUCGAAUCAGAAAAGAAAUGGAUGGAUUCGACUCGAGAACGUGAUCGUGCCCAACGAUGGAUACGUGCUUAUCAAGGAAGUAUUGAAGACUAUGAAAGCUGUGUUCGUGAAUCCGGACUAGCAUCGAUCCUACACGACGAUAUUAUUCGAGAUGUCACACCAGGCUCUCUCCUUCUUACAAGACAUGUUCAAAACAUGGUAAAAGAGCUUCAAGAUUUAAACAGAAAGCUAGGAAAUAUUGAACAUGAGUUUGACAAGGAGAAAAAGAAUCAUGCCGCUGGGUUACAAAAGUAUAUGCUAGACUUUGAACGUAAAAAUGCAGAGUUAUUGUCAACCAAGGAUCGUUUAAAAGAAAUAACAUUCAAUAUUGAUCGGGUUAAAGAAGAGCGUGAUCAUGCUCUUGAGCAAAUGCAGAAACUGACCAAAGAAAAUUCACUAUUGGAGGACAGUAUAAAAAGAGUAACCCGAUCAAAAGAUGAAGAAAUUGAUGAGCUCCUAACAAGAUCCAAAAACCAGCUAAGCACAAUAAGGGAGCAAUCCGAAUCAGUUCGUAUUGGGAUGCAAACUCAAAUUGAUAUGUUACAAAAAUCAAAAAUUGAUUUACAAGUUGAAGUGGGAAAACUAAGUCGAGAGCGUAGAUCAGUCACAUAUGAACUAGAAGCUGUUCACCGAAACAUUGCUUUAACUCGCGAUCAAUUUCGUCGAGAUCUUGGAUUGAUGUAA